GGCUGCUCAAAGCUGCAGCCCAGAGGAUAGGAGAGCGAUGUCGCAGAGAAACGAUGGAAGCAAAAUAACCUGGGCCCUUCUUGGUCUCUCGUCCGCAGGAGAAACGAUGGCUCCAUUUCUCUGCAUGUGGAUUGCAGCUUUCUUCGGGGUGAGCCAGGGCUGCCCAGAGCCCUGCACUUGUGUAGAAAAAAAGUUUGGCCGCCAACUCGCAGAGUGUGCUUACCGAGACCUGCAGGAGGUGCCCGCGGGGCUGCCCUCCAACGUGACCACCCUCAGCUUGUCGGCCAACAGGAUCCGCUCCCUGCAGCAGCGCUCCUUCCUGGAGGUCACCCAGGUCAGCUCGCUCUGGCUGGCGCACAACGAGAUCAGCGCCAUCGAGGCGGGCACCUUUGCUGGGCUACUGCAUUUGAAAAACAUAGACCUGAGCCACAACCAGCUGGCGGACUUCCCCUGGCGGGACCUGCACAACCUCAGCGCCCUGCAGCUGCUGAAGAUGAACAACAACCAGCUGGCGAGGCUGCCCGCGGACGCGUUCCGCACCCUGCGCGACCUCCGCUCCCUGUGGAUCAAUGACAACAAGCUCGCCACCAUCGCCCAGGGCACCUUCGACUCGCUGACGUCGCUGUCCCACUUGCAGAUCUACAACAACCCACUGAACUGCACCUGCGCGCUCCUGUGGCUGAAGGGCUGGGCCGAGAACACCCUCAUCUCCAUCCCCGAGCGGGACUCCAUCAGCUGCGCAGCCCCGGACAGCUUCCGAGGCCUGCCCCUGGCCAGGGUCCCGGCCGGCGUGGCCGCCCAGUAUGUCUCCAACCACGCCUUCAACCAGAGCGGCCCGCUCAAGCCGCACGCCUUUGCCCUGGGCAUCAUCGCGCUGGACGUGUCGGAGCGCGAGGCCCGGGUGCAGCUCACGCCCUACCCCGCCCAGCCCGAGAAAGCCCACCUGCGGGCGCUCUACCUGUGCGCCGCCAGCGGCCCGGCCCGCGCCCCGGUGCAGUGGUCCCUGGUGCAGGAGGGAGUCAACUCCUACUGGUUCCAGGGCUUGAGCCCCGGCACCAACUACUCGGUCUGCCUGACGCACCUGGGGGAGGAGUGCCAGGUGCAGGUGGUCUUCACCACGAAGGCGGAAGUCCCCUCCCUCCUCAUCAUCGUGGCCGUCAGCAUCUUCCUGCUGGCCCUGGCCACCGUCCCGCUGCUGGGGGCCACCUGCUGCCACCUGCUCGCCAAGCACCAGGGCAAGACCUACAAGCUCAUCAUGAGGGCCCAGAACCCGGACCCCAUGGAGAAGCACAUGGCGGCCGACUUCGACCCGCGCGCCUCCUACCUGGAGUCGGAGAAGAACUACAACCCGAGCGAGGCGGGCGCCGGGGCGGCGGGGGAGAGGGAGCUGGAGCGCGAGGAGAGCCUGGUGGCCGAGUCCAUCGCCGAGUGCCAGUCCAAAGCCAACCCGGAGGAGUUCGAGGUGGGCUCCGAGUACAGCGACCGGCUGCCCCUGGGGGCCGAGGCUGUGAACAUCUCCCAGGAGAUCAACGGGAACUACCGGCAGCCAGCGCGCUGAUCCGGCCCUGGCCGCCCACGCCCCAGCCUGCUCAGUGCACCCCACAGUCAGAACAAACGGGGGGGGGGGGGCUGAGCCAACCCUUCCAAAGACACUUCUGCCAACAGCCCAGCGUGGGGGAAUCCAGCAGCUUGCAGUUCCCAGCCGGUGUUUCUGGCUCGAGAGGGGCUUCAGGGCGGGGAGAUUUUUAAACAAAACCGUGGAACGAAUUGGCUUUUAAAAAUCGUUUUGAACACGCUAUGUAAAAUACAUUUUUAUCUCAGCUUCCAACACUGUAAUCGUGAACGGAGGCUGUGCUCUUUUUUAAAAAGCUAUGUUGGUUUGUGACAGUUAAAACGCGAGGGAUCGACCUUUCCCCUCGUUUACAAAAGAAAAUCUGGAGGAUUUCCCGAGUUAAUUCGGCAGAGCCCUGUCAUUUCAAGCGUGGGUGUUGUCAAUUUCAGCAGGUUGCUGUGCUGGACAGCUCCCGUCCCCAUCCUGCGCCAAUGCAAACGGCUGCGCCUUUCCCACGCUGGGGCGGACAAAUCCGGGGUGGGGAGGAUGGGGAACUGUGAAACGGAAAUCCGAUCCGAUCAAAGAGACACGCGGUGAGCGGGUCACCUGUAGCUACAGUGUUAAUGAGCCGUGCUGUAGAAUUGGAGCUGUGUGUGUGUGACUUGGACCCCUCGUCGCUUGUGGGUGCUUCUAAUUUCUUUAGAGGUAGGGAGGCCGGUGGAAAUAGCCCCGCCUGUGAUCUUUGUUGUCCCUUUUUUUCCAGCCCUUUUGGGAGGAAUGUGACUCGCUGAGGUUCCCUAGAUGUUCGUUAAAUAGCGUAGCGCGUAGAGAGAAAUGUGCGUACCCUUGCUGUGAGUCUGUGCUGUGCAAAGGGGAGCGGGACACGAUGGGUCUCGUUGGCCGCGGAACUGAGAAACAUGUGAAAUGUGUAUGCAGCAGGUGCAUCUGUGAGCUUUUUAUUCGUUGCCUCUGUAUUUCCAAAGCACCACAAUCAAAAUGAAAUCAGCACAACUGUCCCCAAGGAGGGGAAGGGCGGGUUGUUAAUGGAUUCGUGCGUACUUUCAAAAGCAACCUUAAAAUCACACUGAACAAUAACCUUUUCCAAGCGCUUCUGUAUGUGAAGAGUCAAUAAAACCGAUCUGAAAUGGA